CUGAACGCAGCGCGCCGCUCCUGUGGUUUUGUCACAAGCUAAAGCAGAAAGGCGGCUUCUCUUCACCGCUAAUGUUACUCAUGAGGACGGCGGUGAGCAGUUAGCAUUAACAAACCAGUCCUUAUAUCUGGGAGGUGGCGUAUUACAUUCAAUUUGGAUGGCUAAAAUUUGUGUCAGGUUAGUGACCGGCUAACUUGCCGAACACAUUGGGGAGAAACCGUAAAGCGCCCCGUCUCCCAGUGUCGUAGCCCCGUUUUAACGUUAAUUAAUCUCGUCAAGAUGUCAGCCUUCUCUGAGGCGGCUUUAGAGAAGAAACUGUCCGAGCUCAGCAACUCGCAGCAAAGUGUGCAGACGCUGUCGCUGUGGCUCAUUCAUCAUAGAAAACACGCCAGGACCAUUGUCAACGUGUGGAUCAACGAACUAAAAAAAGCUCAGGUAUCACGCAAGCUGACCUUCCUUUACUUGGCCAAUGACGUCAUUCAGAACAGCAAGAAGAAGGGCCCAGAGUUCACACAGGACUUUGCUCCGGUCAUCGUGGACGCAUUCAAACAUGUAUACAGAGAUGGCGAGGAGGGCUGUAAGAAACAGCUGGGUCGGGUUCUUUCCAUCUGGCAGGAGAGAGCUGUGUAUGAGAACAACCUGCUGGAGCAGCUCUCCCAAGUCCUCUAUGGAGAAAAGAAGGCGAAGAAGAGACCGUAUGAGGAGAUCCGACCAAAUGAUGAAGAUUUUGCUUCCCAGAGUUCCCCAGCCGAGCCCCCUCAGACGGCAGAGUUGAUCCGAGCCCUUCAGGAGCUGGAGAACGCGGCCUCUGGCGACUCGGUGCUGCGGCAGCGCAUCUCGUCCCUUCCUGCUGAGGUGCAGGACACGUCGCUGCUUCACAGAAUUACAGAUAAGGAAUCGGGGGAGCGUCUCUCCCGGCUGGUGGAGGAGGCCUGCAUGUUGCUAGCGGACUUCAGUGGCCGCCUGGCGGCGGAGAUCGAUGAUCGGAGGCAACUCACGCGCACGCUAACGGUCUUCCUACAGAGCCAGAAAGACGGGCUGACCCAGAACGAGCAGAAACUUGACGAGUACAAACGCAAACUGGCGAGGGUGACCCAGGUCCGGAAGGAGCUGCGAGUGCGUCUGAACAAUCUUCCAGGAGGACUCUACAAUUCUUCAAAAUGACUCCCGUUUCAUCUCCUGAUCAGAUAACUUGACCGUCCUGCUUCUCAACCCGUCUCUAGAUAUCUGCUCAUGGACAUUGCCUCAGUUCUCUUCUCAUGAUUUUGGAAGGUGUCUGUUGUUCUCAGUCUUUUUUUAACAUAUUGUUCAUCCCUGUCGCUUUUGUUAACAGAAUGUCUUCUUUGUGAGUUCAUAGCUUCAUACUCACCAGACUCAAGCCCCUCUUGGUUUGGUCCCUUUAAGGUGUCAUCGGUGAUGCUGGUGUGAUAUUUUUGUAUUUAAAGUGACUUAAGAUAAUGCACCAGAGAAUACACCCCGAGUGUGAUGAUUUAUCAAAUGUUCAGUGUUUUGGAUUGUUUUCAUGUAAUUAUUUUACCAGUAAACCUAUAAGUCUAACUCUUGGUUAUAUAAGAAUUGUUUAAUGCAGUGUGAUGUAAACUGGAAACCAUAUUCUAAAGCUGAGCAGUGAGUCAUGUUCUAAAAACAAACUGAAAUGUGUAAUCAUCAUUUACUUAAAGCCUUCUUCUGAGAGGGGUUUGUAAGUCAUGGGUCAAUGUACAUAUUCACAUCUGCAUGUAAAUAUGACUGGAGUUUUGCCUGUGAACGAUAUGUGUCCAUGUUGCCAUGGAUUGUGGUGAAAUGGUUAUUCACACAAAAUACUGCGGUAUCUCACUGUAAUCUACGUCUCCAUUGCUGCUCAGACUUCCACUGUACUGAAAUGAUGACUGAAGGAGCUUGUUGUCCUGUUUACUGUAUCACACUGCUUCAUAGAUGUAUCAUUAACUCUACUGAAUGCUGUGCAGAUGCCUCACACAGCUUAAUAGGUGCCCCCAAAACCCGAAGCCAGACUUAAGCUGUUGUUUUUGUACAUUUGAAGCAAAUUCUUCUUAGAACCAAAUAAAUAGAAAAUGUGAAAAUGUU